AUGUCAUCUGUGGCGAACUGUCAAAGUGUCAAGUGCCAAUGUCAAGUGAACUGUCACAAAAAUCUUUUUCGUUGUGAAGAAAAAAUUGAGAAAAAUAUAUUUUAAAAUUGCAACUUGUUAUCUGCACGUAACAAUAACAGCUAUUGGUAACUUCAUAAUCUUAUCAAAUCUAACAACACUACAUCGCGAACGAGUCGUCUCUUCUCAGGAGUCCAUAUUUGUUCAUCAAAAUUCCUCCAGCUGCGGUGAACGAAGGUUCUUCUCUCCGCACUGCUAAUUGGUGGUCGGAGAUGCUGGCCGCGUGCGAGGCGGGCGAGGUGUUCGCGCUGCUGGAGGCGCGCGACGCGCCCCAGCACUGCGCCGCGCUGUUCGCCGCCGUGCGCGAGCCGUGGCUCGUGCGCGCGCUGCUGCUGUACCACGCGCGCACCGGCUCGGCGCGCGCGCUCGAGCUGCUGGCGCGCGCGCCCGAGCCGCACGCGCGCCACCUGCUGGACGCGCUGCACGAGCAGCUGCGCGCCGAGCGCCCGGCGCGCGCGCAGGCGCUGGCCGCGCUCGCGCCGCUCGUGGCGCGUCGCCCCGCCUGGCUGCGCCGCCUGCCCGCGCACCCGCUGGCGCGCGAGCUCCUGCGCGCCGCGCCGCGCGAGCGCGAGCCGCUGCCGGCGCUGCAUGCGCUGCUGGCGCUGGCCGCGCUGCUGCCCGCCGAGCCCGCGCUGGCCGCUCCGCACUGGCCCGAGCUGGCCGACGCGCUGCUGCGCCCCGCCGCGCUGGCGCCCGCGCCGCCGCCCGCGCGCGACCACCUGCGCCUGGCGCAGCUGGCGCUGUUCCACGCGCUGUACGCCGCGCAGCCCGCCGCGCUGCUGGACGCGCUGCGCGCCGAGGCCGGCGCCUCGCCCGCCGCGCGCGCCGCCUGGGACGCGCUGGCGCCGCUGCUGGCGCGCGUGCGCCUGCACCCCGCGCUCGUGGCGCCGCGCGAGGACGAGGAGGAGGCCGCGCCCGCGCGCGCCGAGCCGCCGCCCGCCGCCGCGCCGCCCGCGCCCGCCGCGCCGCCGCCGGGCUCGGGCGCCGCCGCCGCGCGCGCCGCCGCCGCGCUGCGGCCGGGCGUGGAGCCGUGGUUCGCGCUGGGCGAGCGCUGCGGCGCCGACUCCGCGCCCGCCACGCCGCUGCCGGCCGAGGCGGACGCCGCCGAGCCGCCCGAGGCCGCGGUGGAGGCCACGCCCGAGAACACGCCGGCCAAGGAGCCGCGCGCCGCGUUCCGCUACCCCGAGUCGGGCGCGGCGCGCGCGCUGCUGCCGCGCAAGGAGGCGUCGCCGCCCGCCGACGCGUACGCGGCGCGGCUGGCGCGCGUGGCGCUGGAGCGGCGCGCCGCCGCGUCGCCCGUGGCCAUGAGCGGUGCGCCGGCGGCGGGGCUGGCGCGGCCCGAGCCGCUGGCGCCCGAGGACCGCGAGGUGCGCGAGCUGACGCGCGCGGCGGCGGACGCGGCGCCGGCCGAGCGCGCGCCGCGGCUGCGCGACCCGCGCGCGCGCGCCCCGGGCCCGGCGCCGCCUCAGGCCGCGCGCGCGCCGCGCCGCGCCGCCUCGUGCCCGCCGCGGGCGCCGGGCGCGCGCUCGGUGGCGGUGCAGACGCUGGACGCGUGGCCGGAGCCCUACGAGUUCGUGCUGGCGGACCUGUACCGCGCGCUGCCGGACGAGAAGUGCAUGCAGACGGACUCGGACGAGGAGUGGGGCGAGGAGCCCGCGCCCUGCCGCCGCCUCGACGCGUACCUGGCGCGCCUGUACGCGGGCGGCGACGGCGCCGCGGCGCCCGGCGAGCUGGCCGAGCAGCUGGCGCUGCUGCACGCGCAGCUGCUGUACGAGCGCUGGCGGCGCGAGGCGCAGGCCGAGCGCGCGCGCCGCCUGCUAGGCCGCGUGCGCCAGGCGCGCGGCGCCGAGCUGCAGAACGCGGCGCUGCGCGAGCGCCUGCGCGCCGCCGCCGCCGAGCGCGACGAGCUGCUGCGCCGCCUGGCGCGCCCGCCGCCGCCCGCGCCCGCCGCCGCCGAGCGCGAGCGGCGCCUGGAGGCGGCGCUGGCCGACGAGAGCGCGGCGCGCCUGCGCGCGGAGGCGGCGCUGCGCGAGGCGGAGGCGGCGCGCGCGGCCGACGCGGCCGAGCUGCGGCGCUCGCGCGGCGAGUCGUUCGAGGCGGCGCGGCACGUGGAGGCGCUAGCGCGCGCGGCGCUGGCGGCCGAGCGGCGCGCCGAGCACGUGCGGCGGCUGCGGCGCGAGCUGCUGGUGCUGGCGGAGCGCGAGGCGCGGCUGGGCGGCGCGCUGCGGGCGGGCGCGGGCGCGGCGGCGGGCGCGGGCGCUGCGGCGGCGCGCGCGGCGGGCGAGGAGCGCGCGCUGCGGGCGGCCCUGGCGCGCGCGGAGGCGGAGGCGGAGGCGGCGGGCGCGCGCGCGGAGGCGGCGGGCGCGCGCGCGCACGAGCUGGAGGCGGCGCUGGCGGCGCGCGAGGCGGCGGUGGCCGAGCUGCGGCGCGGCGCGCGGCUGGCGGCGGAGGAGGCGGGCGCGAGGCAGCGCGCGCUGCGGGAGCGCUGCGGCGCGCUGGCGCGGGCGGUGCGCGCGGGCGAGGCGCGGCGGCUGGAGCGGCUGGCGGCGGCCGAGGAGGCGGCGGAGCGCCGCUAGCGGGGCGCAGCUCGACGCGCCACAUGAAUCGCUCUAAAAUAUAUAUUUUGGACAGAAUGCGCCAGUACGCGUGAGGCGGGCCCGGCGGCGCCCCGCGGCGGCAGGGCUCGGGGAGUCCAUAUAUUGUAUCUACAGAUUAUGCAUAUUAUAUAGAUUUUUCGCAA